CACAGACAUCAGAACUCAACCCCGACUAACAUUUCGACCCAACUAACUAUUUACAAUGCUGAGAAUUAAAGACCUACUGAACCCUUUCACGAAGGUGAGAAUUAGAGAUAUUUUGAACCCUAUCGAAGAGCCAGAAAGGCCCGGGCCGUCGAAUCAGGAAGAUCGGCCUAAGAAAUGUAGCAAUUGCUCGCGUCCAGCUGUCAAAGACAAAUCUAAAUGUGAAGCAUGCAGAGCUGGUAUUACCCGUAAUAGCCAUAAGAUAAGAGAGAUUCGCAAGCAGGAGGGGAUUUGUACAAGGUGUCCAGAGAGGUUGGAUAGGAUCGGAACCAUGUGUAGAAAAUGCAAUGAAUCCAACAAAGAACGUAUGCGGGUAUAUCGUUCGAAGAGGGGAAGUCAAGCCAGUGGAAGGGGUUAGAUGUUUUGUCUGUAGCUGUGUGCUAUAGCCGCCUUUAGAAUUGAUACUUGCAUGACCU